AUGAGUAUCAAGCAACGAGAGGAUGAGACGUUGAGGUCUUACAUAGCUCGCUUUGACAAAAAAGCACUUUCAAUCGAUGAGGCCGAUGAUAAGAUACUUGUAUCUGCAUUCACCAAUGGGUUACAGAAGGGUAAGUUUCUAUUUUCAUUAUAUAAGAACGACCUAAUGACUAUGUCAGAUGUACUUUACAGGGUGACCAAAUACAUGAAUGCUGAAGACGCACUUCUGGCCCAAAAGGAAAGGCCCAAGAAGAAAGAAAGACAGGAGGACACACGGCAAGACAGAGGGCGGAAGAUGGCAAGAACGGGAAAACGAAGGGAUGACAGGCGCUCCAAGUCUCCUGUGGGGAGGUUCACGAGCUUCACCCCACUGACUGCCCCGAUCGACCAAGUCCUGAUGUAA